CAAGGAAGCCAACCUGAGCAAACACAGCAGCCUGAGUGUUCCCAAGGCCAAAAUGCUGAGAAAGACUGUUCCUAGGAGUGGUCCGAGUUGGCAAGCCCCCUGGCUCCCUGUUUCUUCUGGCAUUUUCUGCCUCUGUCUCACUUUCUUCUUGGGCCACAUGGGCUUGCUACAAGGACACCCCCAGUGCCUGGAUUAUGGGCCCCCCUUCCAGCCCCACAUGCACCUAGAGUUUUGCUCUGACUACGAGGCCUUCGGCUGCUGCGAUCAGAGUAAGGAUCACCGCAUUGCUGCCCGAUACUGGGACAUCAUGGACUGCUUUGACCUGAAGGGCCAUGAGGUGUGUGGAGGGUACAUCAAAGAUAUCCUCUGCCAGGAGUGCUCACCUUAUGCAGCCCACCUCUACGACGCCGAGAACCCUCAGACACCCCUCCGGAACCUUCCUGGGCUCUGCUCUGACUACUGCUCUGCCUUCCAUUCUAACUGCCACUCUGCCAUCUCCUUGCUGACCAAUGACCGUCGACUUCAGGGGUCCCAGGGAAAGGAUGGAGCCCAUUUCUGCCACCUCCUCAACCUUCCUGACAAGGAUUAUUGCUUCCCCAAUGUCCUGAGGAAUGACCAUCUCAACCACAACCUGGGUGUCAUGGCCAAGGACCAGCAGGGCUGCCUACAGCUCUGCCUCACUGAGGUGGCUAAUGGGCUGAGGAAUCCCGUUUCCAUGGUGCAUGCUGGGGAUGGCACUCAUCGUUUCUUUGUAGCUGAGCAAGUAGGAGUGGUAUGGGUCUACCUGCCUGAUGGGAGUCGCCUGGAACAACCCUUCUUGGACCUCAAGAGCAUUGUGUUGACCACUCCAUGGAUUGGGGAUGAGAGAGGAUUCUUGGGGUUGGCUUUUCAUCCUAAAUUUCGCUGCAACCAGAAGUUCUACAUUUAUUAUUCAUGUUUGGGCAAGAAGAAGGUAGAAAAGAUCAGGAUUAGUGAGAUGAAGGUUUCUCAGGCUGAUCCCAACAAAGCUGACCCAAAAUCAGAGAGGGUCAUCUUGGAAAUAGAUGAACCAGCAUCAAACCAUAAUGGUGGACAGCUCCUUUUUGGCCUGGAUGGUUAUAUGUACAUAUUCACUGGGGAUGGAGGACAGGGUGGGGAUCCCUUUGGCAAGUUUGGAAAUGCUCAGAACAAAAGCUCCUUGCUGGGAAAAGUGUUACGGAUAGAUGUGAAUGGCGCAGGUUCAGACAGCAAGCGGUACCGAGUUCCCCAGGACAAUCCUUUUGUUUCUGAGCCAGGGGCACACCCCGCUGUCUAUGCCUUUGGGGUCAGAAACAUGUGGCGCUGUGCCGUGGACCGGGGGGACCCCAUCACUCAUCAGGGCCGAGGCCGGAUAUUCUGUGGGGAUGUGGGCCAGAACAAGUUUGAAGAAAUCGACCUCAUUGUUAAAGGCGGGAACUACGGCUGGAGAGCAAAGGAAGGAUUUGAAUGUUACGACAAAAAACUGUGUCACAAUGCCUCUUUGAAUGACAUUCUGCCAAUCUAUGCAUAUGGCCAUGCAGUGGGGAAGUCGGUUACUGGAGGGUUUGUCUACCGUGGUUGUGAAUCCCCAAAUCUCAAUGGCCUGUACAUCUUUGGGGACUUCAUGAGUGGUCGACUUAUGGCUUUGCAGGAAGAUAAAAAAAACAAGAAAUGGAAGAAACAAGACAUUUGUCUCGGCAGCACUGACACCUGUGCGUUCCCAGGGCUGAUUAGCACUUACAGCAAGUUCAUCAUCUCCUUUGCCGAAGAUGAAGCAGGGGAGCUGUAUUUCCUGGCCACCUCUUACCCAAGUGCCUACGCGCCACAUGGAUCUAUUUACAAAUUUGUCGACCCCUCAAGGCGAGCACCCCCAGGCAAGUGCAAAUACAAGCCAGUGCCAGUGAAAACCAGGAGUAAGCGGAUCCAGUUCAGGCCGAUUGCCAAGACUGUCUUGAACUUGCUAAAGGAGCAAGCAGAGAAAGCUGCCAAUGCAGCCUCCGCUUCCAGUCCUGACCGGGUCUUGUCCCAGAAAGGCUCUUCCAAGAAGCCGGCUUCUCGAACCCCAAGCAGCAGGAAAAUGCUGCGAAGGCCUGGCACAAAGAAGAAAGCCAGAAUGUGGUCCCCAGGCCCCCAGGGGAAGAGGAAGAAGGGCCGGAAAACCCACCGUGGCAGGGUGGCCGCAUCAGCACAGCGACGGCGAGCUGGCAGGAGUCUCCCUUGAUCUUUUCUGCUCAGAUGGCUGAC